GUACGUCAAGGAGAGGCACUGAAGCGCACAGAACAGAUGGUAGAUAAAAUGGACCAGGACUUGAAGACAAGUCAAAGGCACAUAAAUAGCAUUAAGAGUGUUUGGGGGGGCUUGGUAAACUACUUCAAAGCCAAACCUCCAGAGAGCAAGCCAGAGCAGAAUGGAACCCCUGAAUAUUGUGCUAACAGUAGAUUAAAAGAAGCAAUGAUGUCUAGUAAAGAACAAGAGUCAAAGUACCAGGAAUGUCAUCCAAAUUUAAGGAAGCUAGAUAAUUCAGACAAUGAUUUCAGCAAAGCAGAUUUAGUUUCUUCAGUGCAAAGGGAUUCCUAUCCGAAGAACCAACAACUGCGAGCUUACCACCAGAAAAUUGAUAACAACUUAGAUGAGAUGUCUUCUGGGUUGAGUCGUCUGAAAAACCUAGCUCUUGGUCUGCAGACAGAAAUAGAUAAGCAAGAUGAUACGCUGGAUCGGCUAACAAAAAAAGUAGAGGCACUGGACGUCAAUAUUAAAAGCACUGAUAAAAAAGUCCGACAACUCUAAAGGAUUUUUUGAAAUGUUUUUGUCCAGCGUCAGUUCUUCUUGGAUGUCUUAUCUCAACCGAUCUCUUAAAAAAUCUUGGACAGUAUCCGUUUCUCUUUUUUCUGAUAUGUUGUUGAUUUUGUUGUCAUUAAAAUUGCAUAAUCUUAAGUGCAGCAUAAUACCUUAAAUUUCUUCUUAAUGUACAUGGGAAAAGUGGAUGUUGAGUAAAACCUCUCAGCACUUGGUAAAUGCUUUUGUGCUGGAUACCCUGCUCAGUCGUAUAACUGCGUCAUGUGCAUGGAGGAAUUUGCAAUCUGCAAAGCUUCAGUGUCCUUGGCCUGGGAGCUGUGAUGAGAAAAGUAACUGCGUUUUGCCUCUGUUUUGGGGAGGGGGCAGGGGGAACAGAAUGUGCUGCUUUGUUCAGAACAAAUGUUGCUAAUUCUGUUUACCUACAGCUAUUUUAAAUUCUGAAAAAAUGCCGAUUUCCAGCUGUAAAAAUAAUUCAAAGUGACUGUUUUCUGGCAUUUCUGGGGCUUAAGGAACGAACUGUUCUGUGAAGUUGUAAAAUAUCAAGGGUGUCAUGCAGUAAUGAUAAUAUCCUGUGCAUGUUCCCUUCCCUAAGAUAACUUUUGCCAAAUGAUGGAUCCACAAACCGUGGUUUUUAUAUUUGGGUCACUAAAUGCUAUCAACUUUACAGUAUUUUCAGUAAAGAUCUCUAAGGGUAUCUUAUGGUCUGCAAGAAAUGUUGACUGACAGUGACCCAAAAAGUUUGGGUAACAAAAUCAGGACUUAAACGUAUGUGCUCUUAAAGAUUCUUUGUAGAAAUUGUCGCCAUCUGCUUUUUUAUUUUCUGCUCUUUCUCAGCUUAUUCAGUUAGGUGGCUAUUUGAAAAAUAGCUUCCAUUUUAGAAAUGGAGAGUUGGUCUGACAUUGCACAAGCAGAUCAUAGGAGGUAGUUCUUUAAUUUAACAUUUAUUUCAAAUGUGAUUAGGGACUGAGCAGAUGCUGUGUGUUCCUGGGUGAUGUGACUGUUUUUAAGAAACUCAGCUAUCGUUCACAUACUUCUGCAUUGGCUUAGCAGGUAUGAAAAGUUCCUGCAAAUGAAGAAAAGCUCAAAAACGUUUUUGAGUCUUCCAGGUACCAGUUGGGCCUUCCAGUUUGCUUUAUUCUUUUGUAAGUAUCACUGUAGAACAAAAUUACAAUUCUGCUCCAGCCUGAAGACAUGACAAUGAGAAUUUACUUGUUUUCAAGACCCAGAGCAAGUUAUUUCAGUUUGGAGAGGCCAAGGGACCUGUGUCGGUAUUGCAACACUCGCUAUCACAAAUGACAAUGAGUAGCUAAGAAGA